UCACAGAGGAAGAUGAAGGGCCCCUACCAGGCUGCUGGCAGGACCCUGCUUACUCUAGGGAGCCUCAGCAUCCUCUCUGGAGCACUUGCCUUCUUCCCUGUCUUCUCUUGCAAGCUUCAGUAUGCAGGAUGGAGCGUUUGGAUCGCCUGUCCCAUCUGGAACGGGGCUUUGGCCAUCACAGCUGGGGCACUUGUACUGCUUGCUCACCGAGAGUGGAGCCAGAGACACUUGUGGGAAGCUGGCUUCACCUUUGCGGUUCUGAGCAUUAUGGGAUGUCCACUUCAUUUUGCAAUAGCCUUGGAAUCUGCUCUCCUUGGUCCAUAUUGCUUCUACUCCUUUUCAGGGGUUGCAGGGACCAAUUACCUUGGUUACGCAGUUACCUUUCCUUUCCCGUACACGGCGUUCCCAUCAGUCUGCGUGGACCCGCUCCACUAUGAAGAGUAUCACCUGACCCUUCAAGUCCUGGACCUGUGCCUGAGCCUCAUCCUAUUCUGUGUGUCCCUGGCCGUGUUCAUCAAACUUUCCACACGACUGGUGCAGAACGGACACGUAAAUGGUCGAAAGAAUGAACGAUAAAUUUGGAGUUGUGUUCCCCUUAAAUUGACCUUAAUGUCUGGUCAUUUUGAAAUAUUAGAAAGUAAUUGUGUUCUUUAAACCCC